UCCUUCCACCCAUGUCCCGAUUAUUUUGCGCUCUUGUUCGCGGCUCUCGAAUUCUCUAGAAUUUUCCAGCCGGUUCGCGAUACUUCCCCGAAAAUAUAUAACUCGAUCGCCUCUCAGCGUAGCGUCAGUUUGAACAAUAACACAGCCAGAGCAGGAGGUGAAAAGCCAGUGUGUAUUUUGUGCGUUUCGUAUUAUAAAUCGAUUUGAUAAACUGUUUUCCGCAUUUGUGAUAAGUGUGAAUCUUAGAUAGCGAUAGUUGGUGGUUAUUUUGAUGAUGUCAUCGCCGAUUGUUGAUUGCGUGCGGGAGAUACCCUUGAUUGUUGAGAGGGAUUAUCCUAUGGAGAGCGAGAAUACCGGAUUCCCAUUUGACGACGACCGCGAGGAAGGCAACGCCGCGUUCCGAUCCCAGUUAGACGACAUCGCUGCCAGACAUCCGGAAUUCGCCCAUCACCUAGGAAGUUUUCCCUUCAGAUCGGGCGCCCGCUCAAGGACCCAGAUACCGGAGGAGUUCGCCCAGCGUUUCACGGAAAGACCGUUUCCGGACCGUUUCGAGAGGUUCGGCUUCCCUUUCGACGAACCCGCCGCCGAAGAAGAGAACAAACCGUAUUACCAGAGGUACCCGCAGUAUUACCCUCAAGAUCCCCGGGAGCAACAGGACCAGGCUAGUAGCAGUGUUGCAGAACCUCAUAGUGGCGACGGUGAGGUGCACGAAGAACAAGAGGACACAGGACGAGGGCGUAAGCUCAAGAACAUCCAGCAGAGCAACACCGUAGACUUGGGACAGAGGCAGGAACCGGUGGAUGAUCGAAAUCAGAGGUCGAUGUCCGCCCCACCCCCCAAUAACCGCCCUAGGUUCGUAAGCAGCAUCAACAUACCGGUAAAUCAACCAUCAGCAGAGGGCCCGAGCAUGCCACAACCGUCCGCGCCGCCCCAACCCCAGGAGAGGGUCAUACCGAUACACGUGGAGGGCAGGGAUGAGCCCAUCAUCCCCAAAAGAUCCGCGCCCAGUACUAGUCAACCCCACGUCAAUCCACAGCAGCCCCAACCGCCCCACACGGAUAAAUUCUUCACGCAGAAAUCGCCGAAUUUCUCCCAGUACUUCACCAGGGAUCCGAACUUCCAAAACACUUGGUUCCCGAAGAACCAGCAGAACAAACAGCCUCAGGCGCAGGCGGGAUUCAACCAGGGUCAGAGGGGUAGAUCGCCUCAACCCCAGCCGAAGCAGGAGGCCGCUCCGCAACCGACAAAUGUCCCAGAACAGGCGGAGACUCAGCCAAAACACGUUUCGUCAAAGCCUGAUCCGAUCGACCAGAUUAAGUCUAUUCAGAAGGAUGUCUCGGAAUUGAUGGCCGAGGUGGAUAAGUUCGAUGGACAACCUAAGGAUAAGAGGUAUCUCUACUUGGACGAGAUGUUGACUAGGAAUCUCAUCAAGUUGGAUAAUAUUGAUACUCAGGGACAGGAGAACAUUCGUUCGGCUAGAAAAGAAGCCAUCAAAUGUAUCGAGAAAUGUAUCAGUAUUUUAGAAAGCAAAGCUAAUUCUAAUGUUAAGACCGAAGGAAACCAAAGUGAGGACAAAGAUUCUAAAGAAAUGGAAGUAGAACCUGAGGUUAAAAGCGAGAAACAAGAUAUAAGUGAAGAAAAAACAGAAGAUUCUGAAAAUAAAGAUGAUAAAGCUGCAGAGCAAAUCAACCCUUCUGAUGAACAGAUGGAGGUAGACCCUGGAAAAACGAAAUCUGAGUCUAGUGACCAACAGAAUACAACAGAAAGUAAAGAUACCAGUGAUAAACAAGCUGAAGGGAGUACAGCUUCCGAAGAGACGAUGGAAACGACAGAACCGAACAAAGAAAAUCAACAAGGAAACGCUGAAGAAACAUCACAAGAAAAUAGUGAACUGAAACAAGAAAAAAUCGAUAACACUCAGGAUGCAAGUAAAGAAAUUGAAAGUAGAACUGAACUUGAGGACGAUAAGGAUAAAAAAGUAGCCGAUAAGAAAGCAUAACCAUUUAUCUUAAGAUAUUAAUCUGAAUUUGUAAAUAUUUCGAGUUUUUCGCUAAGUCAAGCCUUUUUGACUGUGAUUGGAAAUUUUUAAUUUACCGUCCUUGUUUUUAUUUAUUGUAAAUAAUAAAAAUUGUGCUAUGCAUGAUUUUAAUUGAGUUUUAUAUCAGAGUUCUGAUGUAACACAGAUUGCAGCAACUAAUGAAAAUGUUGAUUUUAUCCGAAUAUAGUUAUAUUCCAGAUAUAACGAGGAGCACUAGUGAAAAGUAGGUCUUGAACUCGUAAGUUCUAUCAAGUUCCGUCAUUUAUCAUGUUGUAUUGUCACUUGCUUGUGUGUAUAGUGCCAGUUCAAUAUUUUGUUAUUGUUUCUUUAAUAAAUAAAAAUUUUCCUAAAAA